GAAGAAGAGCUUUGUGGGGGAGGAAGAAGAGCUAGCGAGCGGCGAACGUUGUGGCGUCGGCUAAACCCAAACGAUAGAAAGGACUACGUUCACUGCAGGAUUUAGGACGGCAAUUUAAAGGCGCACUCGAACAAACAAGGAAAAAAAAAAGAAAAAGAAAGAAAAGUUGCGUUGACAUUUACGACGCACGAAGAAGACGAGUAAUCUCGGGGGGUCUAAGUCAUGUCCCGCAGAAGAAGCCGCAGCAAUUCGCCCAGGGGUCGCUCACGUUCGUGCAGCAGCAACGAUGCCCGUGAUUUGGAGAGGAGGGUUUUUGUGGGGAAUUUGCCGACCUCAGACAUGGACAGGAAGGAUUUGGAAGACAUGUUCAGCCCUUAUGGGAAGAUAGUCGGCGUUUCCAUGUUCCGUGGCUUUGGAUUUGUGCAAUUUGAUCGCAUUGAGGAAGCAGAAUCUGCAAAGGCGGGCUACAAAGGUCGAAUAUAUAAAGGUUAUAAAAUAGAUGUAAAUAUGGCAACGGAGCGACGACAUCCUAAACCUCAACCCCGGCAGAGCCCUCCACGAAGGGGCCCGUACGGAGGUUAUGGGGAUAGUAAGGAUGGCCACUCCCGCUCCCCUAUGUACGGGCGUGAUGCUCGCGACAGCCGUGACGGGAGGGAUCCCAGGCCCGCUGGCCACCCGCGUGACCACGAGGAUCGUUACCGCAGCGGAGAGGGCCGAGACAAAGACCUGAGGGGAGGCCCGAGGGGCGACCCAAGAGACCCAGGAUUCAGAGAAGAUUAUGGCCGAUACUACCGCGGAGGGAGCGGUGGGGAGGACUUGUACCGCAAGAAGGAGGACCCAUACAGAGAUCCCUGGAAUGGACGCCGCGAGCCGGAGGAUGAUCGUGUAAGACCAGAGGAGCGGUGGCGUAACGAGCUGUACAGGCAAUACUAUGAGGAGCUGCAGAGACGCUACGACACUGAGCGCCCCGUUGACUGCUCCGUCAUCGUUGUCAACAAAGCUCAGAAGGAGUAUGCGGAGACAGUUGGGAGGAAGGUCCGUGAUCUGGGCAUGGUGGUGGAUCUGAUCUUCCUCAACACAGAGGUGUCCCUGACACAGGCCCUGGAGGAUGUGGGCCGCGCCCGCACCCCCUUUGCUAUCAUCAUUACCCAGCAGCACCAAGUACACCACUCCUGCACGGUCAACAUCCUGUUUGGCACACCUCAGGAACACCGUAACAUGCCCAUGCAGGACGCCAUGGUUCUUGUGGCUCACAACUAUGAUGCUUACAAGGCAGAGCAGCUCAACAAAGAUCGCGAGGAGAUUGCCAGGAAGGCUGCCAAAAUGGCCGAUGAUGUGCUUUUGAGGGAGCCAGACAGAGAGAGCCAUCCAGUCUCCAUGUUGACCACCAUCACGUUGCUGACCGAGAACAGAUUUAUAACUCCGGAGGAACUGGACACACUCAUUGCUUACCUAAAGGACAAGCGGACCCGUAUGGUAGGAAGCAGCACAGAGCCCAUCGCAGCCACAAGCCACCCGCCGCCCACUGUAGCUUCUCACCACGAAUCCCUGCCCCCAUCUUCAGCGAUCCCCCCAUCCCACGCCCCCCAGCCCAGCCACAUGGGCUUGACCCCUGUCUCCAACUCCCCCUCCAACCCCAAUCACCAGCAGGAGUUACAGGCUAAGAUCCUCAGCCUGUUCAACAGCGGGUCCGGUGCGUCAGUAGGGGCCGUCCCAGCCAGCUCCUCCAUGACCGCGCAGACCCAGGUCUACGGCUCCAUGGGCUCGGGGCUCCAGUCCUCAGGCAUGUCCCUUCCUUCCUCGCAAAACCCAGCCCCUUCUUCGAACUCCCAGAUGAUGGGGGUUCGGCCCACCAUGGCUCAAGGUGUCCCUCUCGGUGCCUCCCAGGGCUACAGCAUCCCAGCAGGGCGUGGGGCGGCUACAUCCAGCAGCCAGAGACUCCCCAGCUCAGCCUCAGGCAUUAACUUUGACAACCCAAGCGUCCAGAAAGCGCUGGACACGCUAAUCCAGAGCGGGCCGUCUCUCAACCACCUGGUUAGUUCGGUGACGUCGCCACAGCAGCAGCAGCAGCAGCCCCUGCGGCCGGGGCCCUCCAUGGACCAGGGACCGCCCAUGUCCAUGUACCCCAGACAUUACGAGCCGCUGGAGGGCAGCACCGGGCUGACGGACGUAUUUACUACUGCCGGUAGAGACGCGUCCCCGUUAUCUGCAGAAGAAGAGCUUUGUGAAGGGGCGCAGCGGAGCGGCGGCGACAAAGGCUGUGGCCUCCCACCGAUUGAGACCCUUGACAUUCAACAGAUUCGAUAUUGGGUGGAUGCAAUUCCCAGGACGCACAGGCUCAAGACAAGACGUACGAAGAAGAAAGCGAGUAAACUUGGGAGUCUAGUCAUGUCCCGCAGAAGAAGCCGCAGCAAUUCACCUGGGAAUUAUUCACGCUCAUGCAGCAGCAAUGAUCCCCGUGAUUUGGAGAGGAGGAUUUUUGUCGGAAAUUUGCCGACCUCGGACAUGGAAAGGAAGGAUUUGGAAGACAUGUUCAGCCCUUACGGGAAGAUAGUCGGCGUUUCCAUGUUCCGUGGCUUUGGAUUUGUGCAAUUUGAUCGUAUUGAGGAAGCAGAAGCUGCAAAGGCGGGCUACAAGGGUCGAAUAUAUAAAGGUUAUAAAAUAGAUGUAAAUAUGGCAACGGAGCGACGACAUCUUAAACCUCAACCCCGGCAGAGCCCUCCACGAAGGGCCCCGUAUGGAGGUUAUGGGGAUGGUAAGGAUGGCCGCCCACGCUCACGCUCCCCUAUGUACGGGCGUGACGGGCGUGAUGGGCGUGAUUCUCGUGACAGCCGCGAUGGGAGGGAUGCCAGGUCUACUGGCCACCCACGUGACCACGAGGACCGUUACCGCAGCACAGAGGGCCGUGACAAAGACCCGAGGGGCGACCCACGAGACCCGGGGUUCAGAGAGGACUAUGAUCGAUACUACCGUGGAGGGAGUGGUGGGGAGGACUUUUACCGCAAGAAGGAGGACCCGUACAGAGAUCCAUGGAAUGGACGCCGUGAGCCGGAGGAUGAUCGUGUGAGGCCAGAGGAGCGGUGGCGUAAUGAGCUCUACAGGCAAUACUACGAGGAGCUGCAGAGACGCUACGACACUGAGCGUCCCGUUGACUGCUCUGUCAUCGUUGUCAACAAAGUACAGAAGGAGUAUGCGGAGACGGUUGGGAGGAAGGUCCGUGAUCUGGGCAUGGUGGUGGACCUGAUCUUCCUCAACACAGAGGUGUCCCUGACACAGGCCCUGGAGGAUGUGGGCCGCGCCCGCACCCCCUUUGCUAUCAUCAUUACCCAGCAGCACCAAGUACACCGCUCCUGCACGGUCAACAUCCUGUUUGGCACACCUCAGGAACACCGUAACAUGCCCAUGCAGGACGCCAUGGUUCUUGUGGCUCACAACUAUGAUGCUUACAAGGUGGAGCAGCGCAACAAAGAGCGUGAGGAGAUUGCCAGGAAGGCUGCCAAAAUGGCUGACGAUGUGCUUUUGAGGGAGCCAGACAGAGAGAGCCAUCCAGUCUCCAUGUUGACCACCAUCACGUUGCUGACCGAGAACAGAUUUAUAACUCCAGAGGAACUGGACGCACUCAUUGCUUACCUAAAGGACAAGCGGACCCGUAUGGUAGGAAGCAGCACAGAGCCCAUCGCAGCCACAAGCCACCCGCUGCCCACUGUAGCUUCUCACCACGAAUCCCUGCCCCCAUCUUCAGCGAUCCCCCCAUCCCACGCCCCCCAGCCCAGCCACAUGGGCUUGACCCCUGUCUCCAACUCCCCCUCCAACCCCAAUCACCAGCAGGAGUUACAGGCUAAGAUCCUCAGCCUGUUCAACAGCGGCGCUGGUGCAUCAGUGGGGGCCGUCCCAGCCAGCUCCUCCAUGACGACGCAGACACAGGCUUACGGCUCCAUGGGCCCGGGGCUCCAGACUGGGCUCCAGACUGCAGGCAUGUCCCUUUCUGCCUCGCCAAACCCAGCCCCUUCUUCGAACACCCAGAUGAUGGGGGCUCGGCCCUCCAUGGCUCAAGGUGGCCCUCUCGGCGCCUCCCAGGGCUACAGCAUCCCCACUGGGCGUGGACCGGCUACAUCCAGCAGUCAGAGACUCCCCAGCUCAGCCUCAGGCAUCAACUUUGACAACCCAAGCGUCCAGAAAGCGCUGGACACGCUAAUCCAGAGCGGGCCGUCUCUCAACCACCUGGUUAGUUCGGGGACGCCGCCGCUGCAGCAGCAGCAGCAGCAGCAGCAGCAGCAGCAGCAGCAACCCCUGCAGCAGCCCCUGCGUCCAGGGCCCUCCAUGGGCCAAGCGCCACCACCCAUGCCCAUGUACCCCAGACAUUACUGAUUGUGGUGAUGUUGUAAAUGUCCUUCUGUUGUGAUGCCCACCCCUGAAUCUGAAUCAUUAGCUGAAGAAAGUUCUGCUCCAUUCACCAACUUUGUUUAUAGAGGAAAUGUAGACGGGUUUGUUUUGAUAUUUGUAAUCGCUUUUAAUAUAUUUUAUUCUGAAUAUUGUGCUGAAACUUGGCUGCUUGCUCUGAUGGUUUUUCUAGUGUUUUCAGUUGUUUUUGUAAGCAGAAGUUUUUUUUUUUUUUUGUGAGUUGAACUGAAGAACAGUAUUGCAUAUGUUUCAAUUAUUUGGUUUUAAAGUGGCCAUAUCAUGCUCAUUCCAGCUCUCUAGUUUUAUUCUGGGGCUCCGCUAGAGUAGCUUUGUAUGAUUCACAGUUAAAAAAAUAAAUCCUUAUUUGUCUUAUGCUGGCCCUUUUGCAGCCCCUCAGUUCAUCCUCUGCCUGCAAACGGGAUGUUGGGGCUUUUUUCUCUCUAAGGCCCCCCUCCCUAACAGCCCACUUUCUUCUGACUGGCCAACUUCCGGAAGCUCGUCGGGGCAGCACCCAGUGCUUGUGUCGAACUCACAAACGGGUUCCGUGAGCAAACUGUAAACCUACUAAGUAACAUAAUUUCUCUUUCUUGAUUGGAAAUAGCAACUUCUCAAAUCCAUCCGUACAUGUCCGAGCCCGAAUACGAUCCAGAAUAUGAGCGUGGACAGCAUGAACAUCUGCAGCAACAAAGAUUACAGCAGGACGUCUCUGGUAAAUAUUACACACUAGGCUAACGGUGGAUUUGGU